GCCGCGGUGAGGAUUGAUGACGUCAGCGCGCCAUUGCGUUUCAAAGCGUGUUUCUCCGCAGUAGCGGGUGUUUGUGUUUCACUGAUUUUUCAUUCCCUUCGUAUUUCUAUUACUCAGAAUCAUGAGUAAAGGACUUUAGAGCAGCUCUGAUGGGAUUGUGAUCACGUGUUUGCAGCCUGCAGUCGGUUUAUCUGUCCAUCAUGGAGGAUCUGACCCAGGCUCUCUCUUCCAGCUUCUCUGUAUCCAGAGAACCCAACAGCACAUCUGCUCCUCAUCCACGCCUGGCCCAGUACAAGAGCAAAUACAGUGUUCUGGAGCAGAGUGAACGGCGCAGGAGGUUCCUCGAGUUUCAGAAAGAGAAGAGGCUGAACUACGUGAAUCACGCCCGUCGUCUGGCAGAUGGAGACUGGACCGGAGUCGACAGUGAGGAUGAGGAGGACGAAGAGAAGAAGAGUCCGCAACAGCUGGAGAACAGCGCAGAUGAAGAGGGGAUGGAGAUCGAGCAGAGGAAAAAGUUACCGAAGCAUUACGCCAACCAGCUGAUGUUGUCAGAGUGGUUGGUGGACGUCCCUGCAGAUCUGAGCUCUGAUUGGCUGAUGGUGGUUUGUCCAGUUGGGAAGCGUUCCCUCGUUGUGGCCUCCAAGGGAUCUACCUCAUCUUACACCAAAAGCGGCUACUGUGUCAAUCGAUUCCCUUCUCUUAUCCCCGGCGGCAACAGACACAACUCUGCCCUGGGAAAAGAUUACACCAUCCUGGACUGCAUCUACAGUGAUGUGGACAGAACAUACUACAUCCUGGACGUCAUGUGUUGGAGGGGACAUCCUGUAUAUGACUGCUCAACAGAGUUCCGGUUCUACUGGCUGCAGUCUAAAGUGGAAGAGGCUGAAGGUCUUUCUGAAAUUUCCAAGAUUAAUCCUUUCCGGUUUGUGAGUCUGAACAGCAUCAGCUGUUCGACAGAGUCCAUCCAAAAAGCUCUUGCACAUGAGUACAACUUUACGGUGGACGGGCUUCUUUUCUACCACAAGGAGACCCACUACACCCCUGGAAGCACACCGCUGGUUGGCUGGCUCAGACCCUAUAUGGUGGCAGAUAUCUUGGGCAUUGAGGUGCCACAGUGCCCCCUCACCAGCAAGCCUGAUUAUGCCAGCCAUCAGCUUCAGCAGAUCCUGGAGCACAAGAAAACAUCCACAGAAGUUCGGCCCGCAGAUCAAAAUGGCCGAUAUGAACUGGAGCACCUCUCCACGCCGGAAACACAGCUGGAGAACUCCCACACCGGUCAGAAAGAGAGCAUGGAGGUCUGAGAGCCACCUAAAAAAGACUGCAGAAACUGUUUUAGAGAGCACUUUCUCAAGCCUGCGCAUGACCACGGAGAAUGAGUUUUUAAUUGCUAUAUUUAAAAUUGCAAUUCAGUUCUAAGUAACUAUUUCUGUAACCAUAAUCGCUAGAAUGAAACUCCUCUGCUUUUUUUGCAGAUGUUAUUUUAGGAAACAUAUAUAAACGGUAGUAAACAUCUCGCCCUGCUCAAUUCACCUGCUGUUUAGCCAUGCAUCUUUAUUGGAUUUUAUAUAUAGAUUUUUAAUUCGAUCUUUUCUGUAGAAGAUCAGAUCAUUAAGAUUCAGCUGGUGAAGAAGCCUAUGAAUUAUAUUUUUAAAUUUGUGUUCACUUCAAUAAAGUUUUACUGUCCGUUUUGUUUAA